AUGGAUGAAUUCAAUGAGAAAUCAAAAUUAUUUCAAGAUUGGUUGAUCAAAAACAACGUUGAAAUUUCCCCUAAAAUAGCAAUUCACGAUUAUUGUGAUACCAAUCAAGGUCGAGGAAUAAUUGCUUUGGAAGACAUUAACCCUGAUGAAAUGAUAUUUAAAUUGCCACGUUCUAUUGUAUUAAAUAUUGAUAAUAACUCAUUGAUUAAACUGUAUCCCCUGGUUUUGAAAAAAUUAAGAGUAUUAGAUCAAUGGAUCGGAUUAAUCAUUGUAUUGGGUUUUGAAAUAAAAUUUAAAUUUAACCCCAGUGAUAAUAAUGAUAACCAUAAUAGAAGUUUUUGGUAUGAAUAUUUGAAUAUUUUGCCCGAUCAAUUUAAUCAAUUAAUUUACUGGAAUGAUGAAGAGUUAAAUCAUUUACAACCCUCAUGUAUAUUAGAUCGGAUUGGUAAAGAGAAUAAUUUGAAUAUGUAUAACCAAAUUAUAUCGAUUAUAAACCAAGAUUUGUCAGGGGUUGAAGAAUUUAAGUCUAGUCCCUUGACAUUUGAAGAAUAUAAUAAAGUUGCCACUAUAAUUAUGUCAUAUUCAUUUGAUGUUGAAGUACCCAAGUCCAAAAAGAUGACUAAAAAUGGAACGAACGAGAAAGGCAAUGACGAAGAAGAUGAGGAAGAAGACGAAGACAAAGAAGAUGACGAUGACGAUGAAGAGGAAGAUAAUGAAUAUUAUAAAUCGAUGGUUCCAUUUGCUGACACUUUGAAUGCUGACACUCAUUUAAAUAAUGCAAUCUUGAUAUAUUCUACUGAUCAAUUAAUCAUGACUUGUAUAAAACCAAUUGCAAAAGGUGAACAAGUAUACAAUACUUAUUCCGACCAUCCAAACCUGGAACUUCUAAGACGAUAUGGAUAUGUGGAAUUGAAUGGGUCCAAAUAUGAUUUUGGUGAAAUCCCAUUAUCAACGAUAAAAUCAGUUUUCAUUGAUCAAUUCAACAAAUUAUCUACAAAUAAAAACAAAUCUAAUGGCGAUACAUUCAUGACAAAACAAAAGUUUGAUGAAUUGUUACAACUCAUCAAUCAAUUACAAAUCAAAAAAUCAAUUGAACAGGAUGGAUUAGAAGAAGAUGAAGCUGAAGAAUUGAUUUUGGAUUCUUAUGAUUGUUUCAAUUCUGGAGAUGUUAUAAUUGAAUUAGUAUUCUUAAUACAGGUAUUGUCCACAAUAUUAGUAGUUUAUCAAUAUGAACAACAACAACAACAAGAAAAAGACACCGACAAGAAAAAGGAAUUUGAAAUCGAUCAAAAUUUAAUCAAUAGAAUCUUUAAUAAAAUUUAUCAAUUAAUUGAACUGAAGAAAAUCACCUCAAAAUGUUUUGAAAUUUAUCAAUCGAUAAUAAAUGCUAGAAUGAGUCAAUAUCCUGACAUUGCCAAACAACCAUUCAAUGGUAAUGUUGCUGCUGCUAAUAGUGAAGAUGAAACUAUUAAUUCCAUUAGAAUCUAUAUGGCUGAGGUGGUAUUGAAAUCAGAAUAUCAAUCAUUAGAAAAAUGUAGUUCAACAAUUAAAGAUUUUAAAAUAAUCAAUGAUGUUAAAUUAAAUAAAAAUAUUUUGAAGAAAAGAAAUAAUGAUACAAAUGGAGUUAGUGAAACUAAUAAUAAAAAAUCAAAGAAUUAG